AUGGCAGCGAUUGCGCCGCCGUGGCAGGGACGCGAGCAAAUGUUUAAAAGACGUCCCUCAAGUCGCACUUCACAGCUCCUGAUCCUCCAUUCUCACACGAUCUACCUCACAUUUAUCGGAUUCUUCAAUCGGCUUGAGAUCAAGGUCAGGCAAAGCAUCAGUGGUGAGCGCUAUCUCGAUCGCACUUCGUCACAACAGCCGGUUGCCUCUUCGGUCCCUUCGUACUUUCGACACCCGAUGACCAUAGGCUUCGGAGUCAGGCGCUGCAUCAUGAAGCCGGAGGGAGUUCUGUUCUCAUUCGUCGUCUUGGCUUUGGCGCUUGCCGUAGCCAGCGUCCAUGCCCAACCAGUACGUCUCGCUCGGACGAAACGAGACGACGGUGCCUCGGCAGGCAACGGAGGCGGCGCAUCAAAACCCUACGAGCCACCACCAGGCAGCAAUUCGCGCAGAGACCAUGACGACAACUAUCUCGUGGCCCUUCGCCAGCGCUCUAGCGUAGCGGAUGGGGCAGACCGGCCGCUCGUGAUUCCCGUUUUGGACCGAAGCGAGACCUCUACCAUCAUCACGCGAAGAGAGCAGGCUGCAACGGAGCCUGUUGAGCCUCCUAAAAGUCUCGACCGAAGAGACCGUGGUGGUCGGGGUGUCGCAGAUCUUCAUCUACGCUUCACGACAGACGUCUCGCUCAACGAUCGCAAGCUUGAUCAGCAGCACAUAGUGGUGAGAGGGGAUGGACGAAGCGCAACAGCAAGGCCAGGCACAGGCGUAUCGGUGCCAGGCACAAGAGGCACAGGCACGAAACCAGAUCCUAACAAGGAUCCGGAGAAUCCAGGUCGUCGUCGACGGGCUCCCCUGUCGAUCAGUGCAGACCAGCUCGAAGUUCGCACUCACGCCAUUUCUAGUUGGCUCAGACCUCGUAGUGAUGCCCUUGAGCUACGAGGAGAAAGCGGCAAAGCGCCAAGCCCUAAGCCCAGCCCAGCAGAUCCGCCAAAGCCAGGACACCCAGAAGCUCCAUCUCCAGGAGGUCCAGGUCGUCGUCGACGAGCCUCCCUCUCGAUCAGUGCAGAUCAGCUCGAAGUCCGCACUCACGCCAAUUCUGAUUGGCUUUCGCGAGGUGAUGAUGUUGUUGAGCAACGAGACGGUGGCGGCAAAGAGCCAGGCCCAGGAGCAUCAACGGAUCCAGGAGAACCAGGCGAAUCAGCAGAUCCAGGAGAUCCAGGAGAUCGUGGUCGUCGUCGACGAGCCUCUCUGCCAAUCAGCCCAUACCAGCUCGAAGUACGCGCUCGCAGCACUUCUAAUUGGCUCAGACCUCGCAGUGAUGCCCUUGAGCUACGAGGAGACAGCGGCAAAGCGCCAAGCCCUAAGCCCCGCCCAGGAGAUCCGGACAAGCCAGACCCAGGUCAUCAUCGACGAGCCUCCCUGCCUAUCGGCGCCGACCGUCUCGCUGUCCGCACGCACGCCAAUCCUGGAGAAGCACCGAGCGGAUUCGGGCCAGAGCCAAGAGCAGGCCAUCGCCGCGACACUGGCAGCCAUGCUACAACAAUUUUGCCACGUCAUUUCCAUUUGGGAAGGAGAGAUGAGGAGCAGAAUGGCGAAAGCGGGAACGAAGGCGCGGGUGGAGGAUCUGAAAAGGGUACGGGCGAAAAGGCGGCAGGAGGACCCGGCAAGGGUGCGAGCGGCAAGGGUUCGAGCGGCCCCAAACCACCGCCUUGA